UUAAAUGUAUGUAAGCGGGAAAUCGUCUGCUACAGCUUCUUGUUCAAGUUUUUCAGCGUGAUGAAGGUUAACCUAACUUGGUAGACAUUAGACAACUAGAACUAAAGAUACCAAAUAGACAUAUUUCAAUAAUUCGAUUACAAUUUCUUUUGCAUAAAAGUGGGAAUUAUUCUUUACUCGAUUACAUUCGUAACCAAAAUUGACCCUCAACCAGUUUAGAGUUUACAAUGAUAGUUCCAUACACUUUUGUGAACUCCCUUCAAAUUGUGUUAAACGUAUGAAAUCUUGAAAAGCUACGUGGAAUCCUACGUGGACAGCGAAGUGAGAAAAAUUCACUAGCUACAUUGUACUUGUAUCAGGAUUUAAGAGAUUUUCUAGCCAGAUGGAAAAAUACCUUCUUCCUCGUGCUAACAAACUCAAACUCAAUUCAAGCAUCAACAAUACCUCUACAAUUACAUCUCAAAGUUUGUCAAAAACAAACAAGAAACAUUCAGAUGUCUGUGACAUUAAAUCACAUGAUGAUUUUGAUCAAGAUUCCACCCCCAUUGAGUCUAAAUCCUCUUCAGCCAAGGAAGCAAUUCAAGUGCCUUUCAAAAAAGAGCCCAAUCGAGAUAAAGGGAAAAGUUUAAUAACUAAAAAAGCAGAUUUUAGUAUAGGAAACCUUGAUGGAAAAUUCUGGGGAGACUUUAAUGAUAAGGAUGAAGAUAAUGAUGUGGAUGAUUCGUGCGAUCAUGCUUAUAAUAGUGUACUCAGCACUUCGCCUGUAGUUAAACCUAGAACAUCAAGCAAUUUAAAAUCAGCCAAGGAUAAUAUCAGCAAGAAAACAUCAAAUAAAGUCGAAGACAUGAGCAAAGAUUUGUUUGAAGACGAAGAUUUCAAUUUUGAUGACGCUAUUGAUGUUAGCCAUCUUGAAGAUGAUUAUAAAGAUAAUUAUAACAAAAAUUCGGAUCAUGAGACUACUGAUCUUGAACAAUCGGUUGAAGUUAUCGAAAGCCAACUACGAAUUGUGUUGGAUACAGAAGAUUGGUUUGAAACUGCCAAAGAACAGGAUGUCUCCAAUGUUUCGGACGCAUUAAGACGAGAAGUAGAUACGAAAAUUGUCAACCUCUUGGAUGCUUUAUACCCUCUGUCUGAAAGUUCUAUAUCAAAUGACAUGGCCGUUACUCUCUUAAAUCAACUCGUGAAAUUUAGGCGUAGUCUUCAAAAUGCCCAAGUUCCUUCUUCUAAUUCCAAACCAUCAACAUCAAAUUCUCAUUCAGCAUCGCAUCCUGUUAAAAAGAACCUGUUGAAAAUUCAACCCAGCGCCCCACCUCAAAAUGCAUCAAGAUCUUCAUUUGAUCUUGAAGACGAAAACUCCAAAUCAUCUGCUGAAACCUCAAUCUCAAGGGCAAGAACUCCUGUCGAAACUGCACCAACGGCUUUUAUCUACCGUACACCUACCGCGAGAAUACUUUCAAACCAAUCCGCGGUGAAUAACGGACCAUUGAAUUCCUCGAAUAGUACAGACAACUCUCGAAAUGCAACGAGCUCAGGGCCCUCCACGGGUGCCACUUGGAAUGGUAGUUCAAACAGUUACAAUCCUUCCCUCAACAUAACGCCCAGUACAAGUGCAAAGAGUGGCUCGGUUCCAGUAAUCAAGAAAUCAGUUAUUCCUCUUCAGCAAGUUGCAGAGUACGAUCCGCCCUUCGAUGAAGAUUUGAUCAGUCAGAUUUAUGAUGAGGACGAAAAAGAAUUACAGGCUGCUGAGGGAUAUCGUGCAGGAACCUCCUCCUCAAUACCGUUUAAUGCAAACUAUACACCCCUGAAUAUUCGCUCGUCGAAUGUAGCUGCUGGUAAAUCUACGCCGUAUUCUACACCGACCGUCACUAUUGCUGAUGAUUCGCCGCUGAAAGAGUUCUCAUCUACUCCAUCUAAUUCUACUCGAUUUCCUAAGAAGGACUUCUCUUCUACUCCGUCCAAUAGUUCUGCUCGUUUUCAUGGCAACGUCCAAAAUGAUGGUACAUCUGGCGUGUUUGACGGUUUCGGAUUUGAACACAGCGCAAACCUAAAGAAGACAUUUCGUGAGCGCUUUGGUCUCCAAGAAUUUCGACCAAACCAACUUCAGGCUAUCAAUGCUGGCCUUUUAGGGAACGAUUGUUUUAUUUUGAUGCCAACUGGAGGGGGCAAAUCGUUGUGUUAUCAGCUGCCCGCGUUGGCCACUCCGGGUGUUACAAUUGUCAUCUCACCACUUAAAUCACUCAUUUUCGAUCAAGUCAACAAGCUUAAAUCACUGGAUAUUCCGUCCGAACAUUUGUCUGGAGACAUGUCAAAUGCCGCUCAAGACACUAUUUAUGCAAGGUUGUCUAUGAGAAAUCCAGAUAUUAAAUUACUGUAUAUAACUCCGGAAAAAUUGAGUGCAAGUAUGAAGCUUCUGAAUGCUUUACACGCUUUGAAUGGAAGACAACUUCUAGCAAGGUUUGUCGUCGACGAAGCUCAUUGUGUUUCGCAGUGGGGCCACGAUUUUAGACCUGACUACAAGAAAUUGAGUGUUCUCAAAGAAAAAUUCCCAACUGUUCCCACUAUGGCCCUAACAGCAACGGCCACGCCACGCGUCCGCUUCGACAUUCUCCGGCAGUUGAAUAUGAAGAAUCCAAAAUGGUUUCUUUCCUCUUUCAAUAGACCUAAUUUAAAAUAUUGUGUCCUUCCAAAGAAAAUGAAGGCAGGCGUGCUAACAGAAAUAGCUGAACUUAUAACAAAGCGAUUCGAUCGAAAGAGUGGUAUAGUUUAUUGCUUAUCGAGAAGAGAGUGUGAUGAAGUUGCACAGUCUCUUCAGAGCAGUCGUAUCAAAGCCAUUUCGUAUCAUGCUGGUUUGUCGGAUGAGGUGCGAUCAGAAUCUCAACUGAAAUGGAUCAACGGAACUGUGCAGGUUGUCUGUGCCACGAUUGCCUUUGGUAUGGGUAUCGAUAAACCAGAUGUCCGAUUCGUGAUUCAUUUCUCUUUGCCUAAGUCCAUCGAAGGAUAUUAUCAAGAGUCAGGUAGAGCUGGCAGAGACGGGGAAUUAUCUCAAUGCUACCUAUACUAUUCUUACAAAGAUGUUCUUCGUAUGCGUCGCAUGAUCGAAAUGGAUCGCGAAAAUUUUGCCGCCAGACAGACUCAUAUUGAUAAUUUAUGGCGAAUGGUUGCUUUCUGUGAGAACAAAACCGAUUGUCGACGCAGCCUGCAGCUAGGUUAUUUUGGCGAACAUUUUGACAGUCAAACGUGCAAGUCUAACACAAAAUCAGUCUGUGAUAAUUGUGAUAGUGAGGUCGAAUAUGUUCAAAUAGAUGUAACUGAAGAUUGUAAAGCCAUCGUCGCAGCCGUCGAUUCGUUGUGUGGCAAAACCGGCAAAUGGUCAAACAACUACACACUUAAUCAUUUUGUGGACAUUUUCAAAGGAAGCGAAUUGAAAAAAAUUAUGGAUCUAGGUCACAACAAACACAGUCUUCAUGGUCGUGGGAAAACAUGGCAAAGGAACGAUAUUGAACGCCUCAUGCGAACAAUGGUCUUGAAUCAUUAUUUAGAUGAGGAAUUGGUUAUCAGCAGAGAAGAGGUUGCUAUCGCAUACCUCCGUGUUGGCACUAAAGUUCCAGAGAAGGUGAAAUUUUCCAUCACAAAGAAGUCUGGUGGUAAAGGAAAAGACCAGCUGGCUACCACAAGUUCUGUGGUGUUGCAAAGUGAUCCUGAAAUGGAAAAUUUGGAGCAACAAUGUUAUGCCCAACUACUUGAAUGUUGUAAAAAAAUGGCUGCAGAAGCUAGGGUCAACUACACUACUAUCAUGAACUUGCAGGCACUCAAAGAAAUGUCAAAGCGCCUUCCUGAAACCGAAGACGAUAUGAUGUCCAUCCCUCAUGUCACAAGAGCCAAUUAUCUAAAAUAUGGAGACAAGCUUAAGGAAAUCACUAGCAGUUUCAGCGCUACAAAAGCCGUGAUGUUAUAUGAAAGAAAUGGUAAUGAAACCGACGAUGAUUUCACUGAUCUCAAUCAAAUUAUGCCGUCGGACGAAAUCGGCCCUGAAUGUUCCGGUACCACAGCACAGAAUUCAUCGCCGUACUUUGGCGGUCGAAAGAGUGGUAGUGGGUAUAAACGGAAACGCGGCAGUUCAAAAGCUGGUGGAGGAACUAAGUUAACAAAGAAGGGAAAAUGGUUGUCGAAGACGGAUGGCAGUAAGAGAGGUUCAUAUUCGGGUAACAAAUCUUCAGGGUCGUCCUAUAAGAAAACCAGCGCAGCGCCACAAAGAAGUACAUACACCGCAAGCAAGGGACAAAAUAACCUUUUGGAACCGCCGCGUCCUCGUACGGCAAACAAAUGAUAAUUCAACUAAAAUAUUUAUUGCUCAAUUUUUUCUUGUUUUUUUUUUCUUUUAAUUGUAAUAUAUAUUUUUUUCUCAA